AUGCCAAGACCACCAAGCCAGACCUCCAAGCCAGACCUCCAUGCCAAGACCACCAAGCCAGACCUUCAUGCCAAGACCACCAAACCAGACCACCAAGCCAGAUCUCCAUGUCAAGACUCCAUGCCAAGACCACCAAAUCAGACCACCAAGCCAGAUCUCCAUGCCAAGACCUCUAUGCCAAGACCUCUAAGCCAAGACCUCCAAGCCAGACCACCAAGCCAGACCACCAAGCCAGACCUCCAUGCCAAGACCUCCAAGCCAGACCACAAAGCCAGACCACCAAGCCAGACCUCCAUGCCAGACCUCCAUGCCAAGACCUCCAUGCCAAGAUCUCUAAGCCAAGACCUCCAAGCCAGACCACCAAGCCAGACCACCAAGCCAGACCUCCAUGCCAAGACCUCCAUGCCAAGACCUCUAAGCCAAGACCUCCAAGCCAGACCACCAAGCCAGACCACCAAGCCAGACCUCCAUGCCAAGACCUCCAUGCCAAGACCUCUAAGCCAAGACCUCCAAGCCAGACCACCAAGCCAGACCACCAAGCCAGACCUCCAUGCCAAGACCUCCAAGCCAGACCACAAAGCCAGACCACCAAGCCAGAUCUCCAUGCCAAGACCUCCAUGCCAAGACCUCUAA